GUUUGGCACGGACGCUGUGGUGAUGGAGACCACUCGCACGUUUUUGCCUUACCGGCGGGGGAAAGAGCGCAUUGCUGCGACCUUCUUCCCUUCCCAAGCUCCUCAUGGAAACCCUACCUCCGACUUUGAACCUAUUAUUCCGGUCAUCUCUGGAAAGUGCGCCCUCUUUCCGUUCUCCUCGCGUUUCACUUUUACGGAGAUUCUUCAUCGGAUGCCGCUUCGUUGCGUCCGCUGCCGGAGGAUUUUGCGCCGGUAACAGAAGAGAGGAAGGCCCUUCGUUGAAGUUCUCGCCCAGUGCAUUUCCAAUCUCUGGAGCUGAGGAUUCUUUAUUGAGUUUUAUCAAUGGCAAAAUGAAGGCGACCGAUGUAGCUCAUUCAAUCUGGAAGAUUGUCAUUCGAGGAGGAGAUACAGUUGUUGAUGCCACUUGUGGCAAUGGCUAUGAUACUAUUGCAUUGCUCAAACUGGUAGCUGAUGAUUCAAGGAGGGGUUGUGUUCAUGGUUUGGAUAUUCAGAGUUCUGCAUUAGAGAAUACUUGUUAUUUGUUGAGAGAAUCUGUUGCUGAGAAACAGAGGGAAUUGGUUAAGCUGCACUUACUAUGUCACAGCAGGAUGGAGGAUAUUUUACCAAAAGAUGCCGCUGUCAGGCUCAUAGCUUUCAACUUGGGAUAUCUUCCAGCGGGUGAUAAGGCCAUUAUUACAAAACCACAUACGACAUUAUUUGCAUUGCAAGCUGCAAGUAGGAUAAUAGCUUCUGGUGGACUUAUCAGCAUUGUGAUUUAUAUUGGUCAUCCUGGUGGAAGGGAAGAGCUUGAAGCCGUCCUUUCAUUUGCAUCCAGCCUAGCUGUUGAAGGCUGGAAUUGCUUCAAAUUUGAAACUGCAAACAGAUCAACUGGACCAGUUCUUGUCUUCAUAAUCAAGAAAUAAUAGGUCUGAUGUUCAAGUUCAUUACUGAAAUGUUGUUGGAUUGGAGGGCUCGAAGACGCUCAAGACUCUGUGCUACUAGUCUGCUUCAGUGGAACAAUUAUUACGUCCUCUGAUCGGACGUAGAGAGGACGUAGAUCUACGUCCGGUCAGAGGCUUAUUACUCAAUUUUUGCUUGGUAUUUGAUCGGUAUUGAUAGGUAUUGUUUGAUAAUAUGGAGGAAUACUACUCCGGGAAGACCAAUACCGAGUUA